AUGAGAGUGUCUACAUUAAGAGUCAAAACGUUGAUCAUAUUUUUUCAAGCGUUCUUUUUUAUAUUUAUUUGCUACUAUUUGUUUAAUAUUUAUUGUCCUGAUGGUAAAUGUGGAAAAAAAAAUUCGCCUCGAGUUAUUUACCCUUCGAAUUAUUUUUAUCCUUGCAUUGCUGUACUUAUUGACUUUCGUACAGUUGAUCGUAUAAUCACUAUUGUUCAUAAUGUUAAUCAGCAUAUUCCGUCAACAUGGCCAAUUCAAAUAUUUCAUGGAAAAGAAAAUGAAGAUUUCAUUAAAAAUUCAACUUUAGCACCACUAAUUGCAUCAAGAAAAAUAUUUCUUACUUUAAUGGAUCAAGUUUAUGGCUAUGCUCGAACAAAUGAAUUAUUAACAGAUCCUAAAUUUUGGCUACGCGUUCGUGGUGAAAAAGUUCUUUUGUUUCAAAUCGAUUCAGUUAUGUGUUCAAAUUCUCCGCAUAAAAUCACUGAUUAUCUUCAAUAUGAUUAUAUUGGUGCUCCAUGGGAUCCAUCUUGGUAUGGACCUAGCAAGGAUUUAGUCGGUAAUGGUGGAUUUUCAUUACGAAGUCGUAGUAAGAUGCUUGCUGUACUUGCACUUGUUCCAUAUGAUAAAUCAACACAAGAAGACGUUUGGUACUCACUGAAUUUACGCUUUGUAAAUGGAUCAAUUGCUCCAGUAAAUGUAGCUAAAACAUUUUCAGUUGAAACACUAUAUUAUGAAAGACCAUUAGCUGUACAUCGACUUCCUGUAAAUUGUUCAAUUUUAACAAAAUUGUUCAAAACAUGUCCUGAAUCAAGGAUAAUAGCGAUGAACACCUGCAAAUAA